AUGGGCGAUGCUGUACAGAUACUGAAGGACGCUAAAUCCCCCUUCGCAAUUAGAGGCGGCGGACAUAUGCCAAUCGCUAAUGCAGCGAACAUCAAUUCGUCCGGCGUUCUGCUCUCCAGCUUUGGUCUUACCCAGCUCAGUUUGUCUGAUGACCAGUCUACGGUCAAUGUCGGCCCAGGAAACCGAUGGUCCAAUAUCUAUGACUAUCUUGAACCGAACGGGCUGACGGUCGUUGGGGGCCGACUCGGUCACGUUGGUGUUCCUGGGUACAUCCUUGGAGGUGGUGUCUCCUAUUUCAGCAAUGAGUAUGGUUGGGCUUCCGCAAAUGUUGCCAGUGUCACGGUUGUUCUAGCAGAUGGAGCAGUCGUCCAGGUGACCCCAGAGAAUGAGUACUCAGAUUUAUUCUGGGCAUUAAGGGGAGGUUCCAGUUCAUUCGCCCUUGUGACAAAUUUCGAACUGAAAACAAUCAAAGCCCCCCAGGUAAUGGUCGGUAUGGCAUCGUAUGGAUCCGACGUCGCCGAGAAGUUUAUCGACGCUAUACAUUCGUUCACUGUGGAUGGUUCGAAAGACCCUAAGGCGGCUACCAUUCCAAUGGCGGAAUAUAUCCCAGCCUUAGGUACAGCUAGCUAUAGCGCCAUUCUCUUCUAUAAUGGCGAAAAUGAGAGCCCUGCCGCGUUAGCGAGCUUCCUGGGUUCGGAUUUAAACGCCACCACCAGUACCUUUUCCAGCCGCUCUAUGAGUGACUGGUCUAAGGAGCUUGAUCCAGCCCUAUCGCUUCUCAAGGGCAGUAAACAGCGCUUCUAUGUAUUGAAUAUCCACGCCUCCAACAAGCAGGCGAUUUCCAUUGUUCAUGACACUUUCAUGGAAGUGGCACGCGAGGACUUGCCAGUGGGAGUAUUGGUUGCAGCUUUAGCAUUCCCAGCGGUUACCGAGAAAUUCAUCACUGCGUCUACUGUCAACGGCGGGGACCCUCAGAGCUUGGAUGUCGAUGGCGCGCCAUACAUCUGGGUGGAAGAGAGCAUCACUUCUGUAGCGACCGUCAGCGACGACGAUGUGGACGCAUUCUAUGAAAAAGCCAAUGGUCAAAUUGUCAAGAACCUCGAGGCCGCGGGGAUCGAACUGGCCAAAUUUAUCUAUCUAAACGAUGCGAAUCCCUCCCAGGAUGUAUUUGGCACAUUCCCCCAAGAGAACCUUGAGCGACUCCAGAGCAUCCGGUCUAGAUAUGACCCGGACAGAAUAUUUACCGAUCUAAUGCCCGGGGGGUUUAAGGUCGCGUGA